AUGUCUCCUGUAGUUAAUGUGUUACAGAGUCCGUUCACACCUUCACAUUCACAUUUAACACGAACACAGGUAAGAAGGUCGACCCUGCAUGUUCGAGUUUCAGCUGAUUAAACACAAACGAAGAAGAAAAAGAGAACGACGAAAAAAAGGAGAAAAGAGAGAGACUCACCAGAGGGAAAGUCCAGCCGAGCGUCAGACUGAAGAACUGCAGACUGAGAUCAUGAAGCUGCUUCUCUCUCUCUCUCUCUCUCUCUCUCUCUCUCUCUCUCUCUCUCUGAGGUGUGGCUCUAACCAGGAAAUCCAUCCUCACUUUUUUUUCUACAGGACUUCAUUUUUUUUCUCUCUUUUUCCUUCUUCCUUCUUCUCCUUCGGUAAAUUUCCAGUCAAACAUCUCCCCCUGCUGGCUGCGCAGACUCAUUACACCGCAGUGACACCGUUAAAACCAUAGGUUAAAACCAUAGACUGUCCACUGAGACUGAUAUAGUUUUAAACAUUUGAAUGACAUGUUUAUGUUUUUAUCAGGAUCUUUUUUUUUUUUAAAUCAUUUUUCCAUUGCGUCUUAUGAGUGUCUCAUCAUUAGUAUUAUGAUUAUUAGUCUUAUUACUCAAAUCUUUCUGUAUUUUAAAUUGUGUUUCUUUUUUGUUAAGCAUCUUCAGGCACUUGUAAAAGCGUGUUAUACAUUAAAUUUGUGUGUGUGUGUGUAUAUAUAUAUUCGUCUUCGAGGUGUUGAGCUUCAGGUGGUUAAGGCGCCACCAGGAGGCAAAGUCCCCCAGAAAGACUCCGGUACCCCUCCUCUCGGUCAUCGUCUGCUGAUCACGGUUUCUGAUGUGGCAUCCCUCAUCCUGACAUACUGUGGCCUGUCUGUUAGGUAGCUGGAGAUCCACGCCACCAGGUAGGGGUCCACUCCCAUGCUGUUGAGUUUGUCCUGUAGCAAGGGGGGCUGGAUUGUGUCCUCCACCCCAACACCUGGCUGGUAGGGGAACUGCAGGUGGUCUCGGGCAUGUUGCACCUGGGGUCUGAGGAAGGUGAGGAAGAGCCGCUCCAGAGUCUUCACAAGGUGGGACGUGAGUGCCACCGGUCGGAAGUCAUUCAGCUCGCUGGGCCGGUUCUUCUUAGGCACCGGAACUAUGCAGGAUGUCUUCCAGAGGGUGGGCACAUAUAUAUUUAACUUUAUUCCCAUGUGGCUUGAUAAGGGUUUGUUUUUACACUCGUGCUCUCUAAAACUGUUGUGUCAGAUGUCUUAUCUAUUUUUUAGUCUGUUUAUUUUAUUGUGUACAGUAGAAACUUAACAACCAUACCGGAAAUAACCUUCUAUUACAAAAUAAAUGUUAAACUUUUUAAAACCUUCACAAAUAACAUUUCUUUUAAACUCUAAAAGUCCCUCAGAAAAAACUCGAGGUAUUCCAAAUACUUUAACUGACGAACGGAUUAAGAUUUAAUCGUAUAAAAAAUUCUGUAAUUAUCAACUGAACAAUUAUUUUACAAACUAAUUUACAAAAAAUAAUUGUACAUUUGAACAUUAGUACAGGAAUUAUUUUUUCUAAUCAACGUUUAAACGGUCCAUUUUUUUUAUUUCACAGAUUUUAUUUGAUUCUUGUUUUGAUCAUUUUUUUGUCCAUUGUGGAGAGGAAAUACGUUUAAAAAAAGGCUCCAGCUUUUAUACUGAAAGGCUUGAGCGAAAGUGUCGGUGUAUAUUCAGGUUAGCUUGACGCAGGCGCAGAGCUGAUUUAACCUGCAGCAGCAGCUGAGCCGCAGACAGAGACUGAACCUGCUGCAACAAAAGAGAAAAACGAACAAAGAAGAUAAAAACAAACUGAUUUUAUUUUGUCACCGGAAACGAACAGGUAAAGCUUUUUAUUCAAACCUUUAAUAUUUUAAUUUUCCGGAACAUUUCCAUGUGUUUUCUGAGAAAAAGCCGGUUCGAUGAUGAACCUGCUGCUGAUUUAAGCCGUUAAAAACCAACAACAACCAAACCUCAGCUCAGAACCUCAAAAUUUAGCUCGUUUUGACUGAUAAACGUCGAUAAAUCGUCGACUAAAUUCGGUUUAAUUCGGUUGCCUCAUCAGCUGCUGAUGAGCUGAACUGAGCCGGGCCAACGCCUCUGACUCAGCCUGAUCGAUGAACCAAUAACAACGAUCAUCAAUAACACUGAUCACUGUGUAACGUUAACAGGAGCUGGGACCACUGUGAAACCACUCUAUUUAAAAAAUAUAUAUAUAGAAAAAUAAAAUCCAGAUCUGAUUAGUUUUUGUGAAAAAAUGAGGACGAUCAGCCGGAGGGACUGGGUAAAUCAGAACCACCGCCCCGGGAUCAAUAAUAUCAGACAGACGGAGAGAAUAAACAGUUUAGAGUAAAAUAGACAGAAAAAUGAAGGGGGUUUGGUGGAUCCGAGUCAGACUGACAGAGAUGUCUGUAGGUUUAUUUCAGUCUGACCCACUUUCUAAAUCUGCAUGUAGACCAGAACCCAGAAAAAAACAUGUGUUCAAAUCUAUCUAUCUAUCUAUCUAUCUAUCUAUCUAUCUAUCUAUCUAUCUAUCUAUCUAUUAUUAUAUUUACUCUAAUGAUAAAACUCAGGAUCAUCCAGAUCUGAGACGAAAUGAUAUUUAUAUCUUAUAGAUCAGAAAAUCACAGAGUGAACGGAUCUGAUUAUUCAGUUAUCAAUCUAUUUAUUUAUUCAUUUAUGUAUUCGUGUAUUUGCUUAAACAUUUUAUUGAACUCAGAGGAGAAAAUCUGUCACACUCACCAUCUAUUGGCUGAGCUGAGGGUCUGUCUGUCUGUCUGUCUGCUGAUGAUUAGUCAUGUCCAGUUUUCAGAAACCGUCUCAUGUCUCAGGCUUUUUAUACUUAGACUUGAUUUAAAUCCUUAAAUUGGUGCCAGAGGGAUAUUCAGUCAGCACACCUGUUAUUAGAGAGAUCAUAAUAAAGAAAUAUUCACAGAAAUAUCAAUAAAAAUGAAGUAAGAAAAUGAAACUUUUUUUAUAGUAGUAGUAGUAGUAGUCAUGUCAUGACAACACCAAAUAUUGUACACAAUAUUGACAUUUCACACAAAAUCACUAAAUCAAGAAUCAUUUGUUGAAUAUUGACUGAAAAGGCAAAAGUAGCCUGCUUAUAAAAGCCUAUCCUGUAUUGUCAACUUUUUAAGGCUACUGACCUCCAGAAAAGUAGAGAAACCACAACAACAGAUAAUUAAUCGCACUUAUAAGCUUCAAAAAUUGCUUUACAAACCAUUUUCUUAAAAACCAAAAAAGAGUGACAUGUUUUUAGAUUUAUGUUGGCAUCAUUCUAGAAUUUAACUCCAGUAACGGAGACACAUCUCCUUUUCAUACUUUUUUUUAGCUUUUUGUACAGAAAAUUUGCAAGCACCUCUGAGAUUGUGCGGACUGUCCCGAAUUGAAAAGAACCUCUGUUUUGAGUCAGGGAGCAUAUUUGAUUUUGCUCUAAACAUAAUUUGUAUUUUUUUAUAAUAAAACAGAUCAUAAAAUUUCAUAACAUAAGAAUUUAGAAAAAGUGGCUCCAUGUGAUCAUAAUAAUCAGCCUUAUUGAUAAUACAUAUAACUCGUAUGUGCAGUUUUAUUAUUGAAUUUAUAGUGGUUUUAAAGGUGGAUCCCCACAGUUACACACCAAGAUAUAUAGGGAACAAUCAAUGAGUAGUAGAUCAAAUGCAAGGCCUUGGAAUUCAAUACUUUUCUCAAUUUGUACAGGAUUGCAAGUGAUUUUGAAAUUUUCCCUUUAAUGUAUUCAAUGUGUUGUUUCCAUGUUAACAAUGACAAACGAUCAAUGACAACCCCAAGAAAUUUAGUCUCAGUAACUCUUUCAAUGUCAACAUUACAGAUUCUUAAUUUAACAUUACAAUCACAUUCAUUUCAAUUCCCAAAAACCAUAAUUUAAAAAAAAAAUCUUUACAGAUUAUUUAUUGGCAUCAAACCAAGUCUUGAGAUUUUCCAGCUCCAUUUCUACACAACACAAAAGUUCCUUUAAAUUCUUACCGGAGCAAAACAAAUUGGUAUCAUCUGCAAAUAUUACAUAUCUGUUACACUGCAGAAGUCAUUGAUAUAAAGAAUGAACAAUAUUGGACCAAUCACUGAUCCUUGUGGUACGCCACAUGUAAUCUUUCUAAGCGAUGACAUGGUAUCAGUUAUUUGUACACACUAGUGUCCAUUACUUAAAAACUUUCCAGCCAAGAAUGAACAACCCCCCACAUUCCAUAUCUCUUAUUUCUGAUAACUGUCUGUGAUCUAUGGUGUCAAACGCCUUCUGCAGAUCAAUAUACAGACCAAUGGAACAGUCACCAUUUUCAUUUGCAUUUGCAAUUUCUUCUACCAUUUGCAUUACUGCAAAAGCAGUAGUUCUGUUUUCUCUGAAUCCAUUAUUGAUUUUUCACUUAUAAAAAAACAUAAAAAAACGAUAAAUGAUAUAGAUUCAAAGAAAUAAGCAGCAUCUCUGAACCAUAUACGGUAUAAAUUAUUGUAUAUUAUAUAUAUAUAUAUUCUAUAUCCAGUCUACGGUCCGAACACGGAGCCACAGAAAUCUGAGAGUUUAACAGUCAGUCUGAUUUACAGAAACACAUGAAACACACAGGAGUUUGUAGCUCCUUUUUGAAAAGCUAGGUCAGUCAAAAAAAGCUCUGCCGGAUUUGAACACACAACCUGACGUCUCUGAUUUAAUCUGAUUAAACUGUAAUCUGUGUUUCUGAUGAACACCGUCCUCUUUUAAACUUUGAUUUAAAGUCAGAAAGUUAAAAAAGUUGAGUUAAACAAACUGUAGAGUUAAAACCAGAGCUGUGAAGGUUCAGGAGUCAAACAGAAAUCAGAGUGAAAAUUAAACAUUUAAAAAGUCUGAUAAUCUGAUCUCAGAGGAGAUCAUCAGGGUCUAAAAUAUUCAUAUCUGAGCCUAAAAAUUGAGCUUUUUUGAGUGAGGUUUGGUCUACUGACGUGAUCAGAUAAAGCCGGUUUGAAAUAAUAAUUAGGUGUGACAUGUUUUUGUUUCUCAGAGCAAGUCAUGAUGGAGAAAUCAAACAGCCAAUACGAUUCCUUCCUCUACUGGAGGCAGCCAAUCCCAGCGCUCGACCUGUCCGAGCUGGAGGACCUGGGUUUGACUGACAGCCUGUUGACCAAUUGCAGCUCAGGGAAGGAGAAGACGUCCACCAUGCUGAGGGGUCAGGACGAGGAGGUGAGGAGACAAGGAGGGGUAAGGAUGAGGAGGUGAGGGGACAAGAAGGUGAGGGGUCAGGAUGAGGAGGUGCGGGGACAGUGAGGGGUUAGGACGAAGUGGUGAGGAGACAAGGAUGGGUCAGGACCAGGAGGUGAGGAGACAAGGUGGGGUAAGGACGAGGAGGUGAGGAGACAGUGAAGGGUCAGGAUGAGACAGUGAGGAGUCAGGACGAGGAGAUGCAGAGACAGUGAGGGGUCAGGACGAGGAGAUGUGGGGACAAGGAGGUGAGGAGACAGUGAGGGGUCAGGAUGAGGAGGUGAGGAGACAGUGAGGGGUCAGGAUGAGGAGGUGAGGAGACAGUGAGGGGUCAGGAUGAGGAGGUGAGGAGACAGUGAGGGGUCAGGAUGAGGAGGUGAGGAGACAGUGAGGGGUCAGGAUGAGGAGGUGAGGAGACAGUGAGGGGUCAGGAUGAGUAGGUGAGGAAACAGUGAGGGGUUAGGAUGAGGAGGUGAGGAAACAGUGAGGGGUCAGGACGAGGAGAUGAGGGGACAAGGAGGUGAGGAGACAGUGAGGGGUCAGGAUGAGGAGGUGAGGAAACAGUGAGGGGUCAAGAUGAGUAGGUGAGGAAACAGUGAGGGGUUAGGAUGAGGAGAUGAGGAGACAGGAAGGGGUCAGGACAAGGAGGUGAGGAGACAAGGAGGGUUCAGGACGAGGAGAUGAGGAAGCAGUGGGGGGGUCUAAAUAUUAGAAUCAGCUUUGAUGGAGUCAAAUGGUCUCAGGGAGUCAGAGGCUUAGAGCAAAGACGAGGAGGGUUAGACCUCAGAUUGAUCCUCAUCCAGCUGGGGUUAGACCUCGACUCAGGUGGUCUUUACACAGGCGAAUUUGUAAGACACUGGUAUAAUAAACUAUCAAUCUGGUGAUAUUGACACACGAAGACGCGCAUUUGUCCAUGACUCCGCAUCUUUUUUGAAAACGGGUCUGCAGGUGGAUAUCUGGGUAUUCAUCUUCAUGCCGUAGUUGGUAUAAAUAGAUAAGUCCGGAAAAGACGGUGACCUCAUAGCACCCCUCCUCCUCCCCGCCCCCCAACCCACGUUGUCACCCACACAGCAUGUAUGUAUGCGCAUGCGCGUUCUCUGUUUUUGGUGCUUUCUGGUAAUUUGACAGCGUCACCUUUAGGCCGGGCGUAUGUACUACAUGAUUUUGCGUGGAUUUUGCGUUGUCAUGUAAAUGCACUACGCCUAUGUACAAUAAGUGUAAGAUGUGUAAACAGCUAUACAUGUUUUGGUGCCGAUGCCAGGACAAUAUGGGGCCGUCCUCGUGUGAGGAGGGCCUCAGAGGGGUCAUAUUUCCUGUCUGACCUGGAAAUGCCAUCAGAGAGACAUCUGAGGUGACUCGUUUGGCUUUGAGCCACCACAGCCUGACCCCAGAGAGAAAACGGAUGUCAGGGGGACCAACUCAGGUCUAGUGUUACCGAUGGUGUCACUGAAACCCAGUAAACAUGUAGUCAUGUAUGUGGUCUAAACUGACAGUCGACCUCAGAUUUACAGGCGCCCUGAUAACUUCACUUCACUGUGUGCACAAUUAUGAGGCGAGUUGUAUUUUUAAGGAUUAAUUACAUUUUUGAACAACUACAGUGCUCUCGGUCAAUCCAAACUCUUAAUAAACCUCAAACUUGAAUAUUUAAGAGAAUAAAAGUGAGGUUUUGGCUUUCUUAGGAGAAUAUCUAUGUGUGCACAAUUAUUGGGCAACUAUUAGUGUGCAGAAUUAUUAUGCAACUAAAUCAAAAAUGAAAAUUUUCCCAUCUCACUUGUUUAUUUUCAUUCGUUAAAGUGAGAAUAAUAAACAAACAACUCAAAAUAUAACCACCCCUCUUUUCAAUAACAGUCAUAAGACUUCCGUUCAUGGAGUCUGUCAACUUCUUGAUCAACCACAGCCUCCCAGACUCUGUUCAGAGAGGUCGACUGUUUUCCUUUACCGUAAAUCUCCUGUUUAAGAAGGGUCCACAAGUACUCAAUAGGGUUUAGGUCAGGUGAGGAAAGGGGACCAUGUCAUUAUUUUUUUCCUUUUUAAGGCCUUUACUGGUCAACCACACAGAGGAGGACUUUGAUGCAUGCGAUGGAGCAUUGUCCUGCAAAAAAAAUGAUGGUCUUCUUGAAAGAUGCAGACGUUUUCCUGAAGAAAGUGUCUUUAAAAACUGACAGUAGGUUUGGGAGUUGAUUUCAAGUCCAUCUUCAACCCGAAAAGGUCCAACUGGCUCAUCUUUAAUAAUACCAGCCCAUACCAGAACCCUGAAGUGGAGCUCUGUGCCUGUUACUGAUUCAGCCACAGGCCUGUCCAUCUGGUCCAUCAAAGAGUCCCUCUCAUCUCAUCAGUCCAUAAAACCUUUAAAAAUAUGUCUUUAGAUAUUUCUUGGCCCAGUCUUGAUGUUUUAACUUGUGUCUUGUUCAGUGGUGGUCGAGUUUCAGCCUUCCUUACCUUGGCCAUGUCUCUGAAAGCUGAACACCUUGCUCUUCGGGGAACUCCGGGUAGAUUGCAGUUCUGGAAUAUUCUGGAGGAUAACGGGUUACCGGUAUCUUCACGUUUGAGUCUUCUCAAAUCUUUGGCAGUUAAUUUGCAUUAUUUUUCUCGACACGUUUUGUGACCCUGUUGACUAUUUGCAACAAAAUGUUUGAUGGUUCUGUGAUCAAUAUCUUAACAUUUCAAGAGUGCUGCAUCCCUCUGAAAGACUUUUUACAGUUUUCGACUUUUCAAAGUAAUUUAAAUCUUUUUGGCCCAUUUUACCUGAGGAAAAGAAGCUGCCUAAUAUUUAUGCACACCUUGAUAUGAAGUGUUGAACUCCUUAGGCCCCACCCUCCCUCAUUACACAAAUACACAUCACCUAAUAUACUCAUAUCCAAUAGGCGUUCCAGUUUAUACAGCUUGGUGUUGGAAAAUAUGCAUAAAAAUGAUGAUAUGGUCAAAAUACUCACUUGCCUAAUAAUUGUGCACACAGUGUAAACUGGGUUAGAAAAAGUCCCGAUCUAGGAGCCGGACCAUCGACCAGGUCUCGCCACCUUUUAGCUGACGGCCCUGCAGACCAGAUUGAACAUGUCAACCAUUUAGGCGGUUCCUACAGGACGAUGAUCUCCUCUCCUGCAUGUUUAUGAAUUUAAACCUACAAGAACCCACCAAAUAGACCACGCCCUACUCAAUCAGACUACACCCACUCAGUCAUGGAGGUGGUGAACUGGGAAAAAUACUGAGGUGCACCAGAAUAAUCAGUUGUUUUUUACCAUCUCCUCAGGGUGUCCUCUCUGAGUUUUCCUCCUUUAACUAUUGGAGAGCUCCGAUCGGCGACGUGGACGCUCUGCUGGCUGACCUCAACCUGCUGCUCUGA